AUGGCUGCCCUCACAGAUCUUGAAGACUGGCUCGCCGACUCGAACACAGCCCUAAAUAUCAGUCUCGUUGCGCCAACAGCUUCAGGUCUUCAAUCGCUUUCCACCUUCAAUCCGAGCUUUACCUAUCCAAUCUUUGGCGAAGAUGAGAAAAUCUUUGGCUACAAGGAUCUCAAGAUCAAUCUUAGAUACCGCGCAAACGAUAUGCGCCCGCACGUACAAAUGUCGUAUAGCAGCAAAUUCGCUCCCAUUGGCGAAACCGAACCCAUGGAUGUUAUGGGCAUGCUGAAGGAGGAUGCUCAGCUUCCUGAUAUUGCGUUCGGCAAAGCUGCAGACUUCGAAAGCAACUCCAAAAAUCUUGGCGAUGACUGGAAACCUCCUGGAGAACUUCAUUCGAGCUUCAAGGGCACCGAUGGUACAUACGAGAUCUGGAAGGGCACACUGGCAGACCCUGCUAUCAAACAAAUGAACAAUCGCGUCCAACUGCUGGUUCCUCUCUUCAUCGAAGGCGGAUCUUACAUUGGCCAGACCCCGGAUUCCGACUCUUCAGAGACUGAGAUGCCCGAUGCAGAUCGCUGGACUGUGUUCCUGCUGUACCGCAAGCAGCCGUCAUCCGCAGACCCGGAGAAGAGCUCGUACGUCUUUAUUGGCUACUCAACAGUUUACCGAUUCUUCUACUUCCAGCCUCCGCCGACCCCUCCCGCGUCUCCAACCCACGAUUGGGAGCUGCCUCAGGGUGAUAUGGAUUUGGCACAACUGCCUUGCCGAACGCGACUCUCCCAGUUCUUGAUUCUACCCCCUUUCCAAGGCAGCGGGCAUGGUGCGCGACUGUACAGAUCGAUUUUUGAACACUAUCACAAGCACGCUCAAACGCAUGAAUUCACGGUUGAAAACCCAAAUGAGGCCUUUGACGAGCUCCGCGAUGCUUGCGACUUGAAGUUUCUGCGCACUGUCCCCGAGUUUGCUGCUUUAAGAUUGGACCCAGGCGUCACAGUCGGUAAGAAGGGACUGAUCCCGCAACUGAUCAAGGGCGGCGAGAAUCUCGAGGUAAUCCGAGCCAAGACCAAGAUUGCACCGCGCCAGUUUGCGCGCGUCCUAGAGAUGCACAUCAUGUCACAACUCCCGGACUCCGUUCGCCCGCGCAUCGACUACGAUAUGAAGGUUCCGUCACAAACUCCCGCCGACCGGCAUCUGGAGCGAUUGUGGCAACUUCUCGUCAAGCAGAGACUGUAUAGACACAACCGGGACAUCUUGGCGCAAAUCGAACUCCCUGAGCGUAUUGACAAGCUGAGCGAGACGUUACUGGGUGUCGAGCUCGAAUAUGCCCGGCUGUUGGCGGCGCAUGGCUCCGGCCCCGUCGCAGCCAAGGAAAAGCGCAAAAUUGACGAUGAUGCGGAAUCCACUUCCAGCAAGCGGACUCGAGUCAACGAGGAGUAA